AAAAAAAAAAACUUAGGCCGAACGCUAUCUACAAAAGUUUAGGAAGUUUUCAUUUAUCAGUGGAUUUAUCAAUAGCAUGGAGUUUUCAUUUUAUCAGUGCAACUCGUCUGACGACUUUACAAAACCUCCAUGUUAGCACACCACUAUCUUAACUCUAUUUUGUCUUUCUUCAAAGUUCCCCACUAUUGUCACGCGAGGCUCCAAGCUCACUUUGUCUUGUACAAUUUGUUGGGUUAAUCGCGUCAAACAAAACCUUCGAUCUGUCCAUAGUGUUAGAAUUUUAUGAAACAUGGAUGAAGUCUAACAAGACUCAUGCACGUGUCAGUAAAAGUUUUAAUUUGUCUAAGCUUUAGGGUUUGUCCGACAAAACCUUCGAUCUGAUCACCAAUAAAUCAAAUUCAGCGUUUCGGAUGAAGUCUUUAAUCUAUUAUAAUAGUAGUUCUUAAAGAGUAUAUAAAACUUAUCCAAAUCAUAUCAAAUACUUUACUGAAAACGGUACCACUUUACAAAUGUUGCAUGUUUGAUACUUUUUUUUUCUCCUCGUAACAAACUUGAAAAUGAUUAUUACAAGAAGAAUUCUUAUAAAAUCACAAAAUGAACCUGUAUGUGUCACUGCUGAUGUCAAUACUUGAACUUGUGCGAUGAAAAACAAACAAGAGACUUGACUAGUCACAUCACAGUAUUGUAUAUAAUUUCCAUGUGCAAGUUGAUGCAAAUAAGUCAAACAGGGUUAGUAGUGCGGAAAUACUAACAGCAGCGGAGGGUUUAGCCUGCGACUGAGCUUCAUUGGUGGUACUGACAUGGUAGGGUAUGGAACUAUGUUAUGGCAUUAAGCCACCACACCAACUUGCUUUUCUUUUUUUCUUUACCCUUUUAUUCUUUGUUUGUGCAUAUUUCAUGUUUGAUGAGGAGGCCUCUGAGAAUAAGCUGAAGCUGUAUUCACACUGGAUAAGCUCCUGUUCCUUCCGAGUCCGAUUUGCUCUCAACAUCAAAGGAUUACCUUACGAUUAUCAAACAGUCACCACAUUUUCCGAGCCCGAGUUUCUCAAGCACAACCCUAUUGGAUUUGUCCCUGUGCUGGUGGAUGGCGAUUCAGUAAUUUUUGACUCCUUUGCCAUUAUUAUGUACUUGGAAGAUAAGUAUCCUCACCCUCCUUUGCUGCCUCAUGACAUUCUCAAAAGAGCAAUCAAUUUCCAGGCUGUCACCAUUGUUUCCUCGUCCAUACAACCUUUUCAAAACUAUACUGUUGUGAAGUAUAUAGGGGAAAAAAUCGGCCCUGAUGAAAAACUUCCUUGGACCCAACGUGUAAUAGGAAAAGGCUUUAUGGCACUUGAAAAACUGUUGAAAGACCAUGCAGGAAGAUAUGCAACUGGAGAUGAAAUUUUCCUGGCAGAUUUGUUUUUAGCACCUCAGUUAGAUACAGCAAUCCAGAGAUUCAACGUUGACAUGAAGGAAUUCCCUACUCUAUCAAGAUUACAUGAGGCAUAUAAUGAAAUCCCAGCAUUUCGGGAGGCUUUGCCAGAGAACCAGCCAGAUGCAGUUCAUUAGUUGAACCAAUAAUUUGGGAGUGGUUGGAAAUAUUGCAGAAGCAGCAAUUGAUUCAGCGUCACUAGUUACUCUUGCAAUAGAGUUGUUAGAUACAAUAUGAUGGAGAGUGGAUGAAAGUGAUUUAUUUUGUAUGGUUAAAAAUCCUUGUGAUUAUAGCUUUCAUCUCGCUGCUGCUAGUUUACUGAGAUUACAUAAUUCUUAACGAUCUACCUGUUCCUACUAUUCGCUGCUUUGUUUCUUUGAUGGUUUA